AUGAGUCCAAAAAAUAAUAUUCCUUUAUUCAAUUUAACCCAGAUAAUAGUAGGGAUUGUCGCAUUUUCCCAAGGAGUUCAGCAUUUGGCAGAUUUAUCAAUUCAAUACUUAUAUAAGGAUGAUUUUCAUGUAUCACCAAGUAGGAUGGGAGUGUAUAUUGGACUAUCGUAAUUGCCAUGGAUUAUUAAACCUGUUUGGGGAAUUAUUUGCGAUUCCUUUCCUAUUUUAGGUUCCAGGAGAAAAGCCUAUAUUGUGUUCUGUGGUUUUUUAAGUUUCAUUGGAUGGCAAUUAAUGGCAUAUACAGGAGUUGACAAUGCUUAUGUGGCUGUUGCUUUACUAAUUAUGAUAUCAUCUUCUGUUUGUAUUUGCAAUGUAGUUGGAGAGGCGUUAAUGGUUGAAUAAUGUGCAAAUGAUCAUGCAGCAAAUAAUGUAUCGGUGUUCUUUGGAUUCAAAGCUGCAGGUGGAUUAAUUAGUGCUUAUUUUUCAGGGAUGUUGCUUAUGUAUCUAACUAAAAGACAAAUAUUCCUUAUUAAUAGCAUAUUCCCAUUAACGAUGGCAUUGCUUUCUUUGAAAUUGAAAGAGACUGAAUAAACUCAAUAAUCAUAAAAUAUAAAGGAAGUUUUGAGUACGUUCUGGACAUUUUUCUCAAAUCCCAAAAUCUAUUAGCCUGUAUUGUUAAUUUUAGCAUUCAUGAUGGUACCUUCAAGUAGUUCAAUAAUGUUUUAUUUUUAUACAGAAGUCUUGCAUUUUACUCCGAAAUUCAUGGGAUAUUUGAAAUUCAUUAGUUGUUUAGGAACACUUCUGGCAAUUUUAUUGUAUAGAAAUUUCUUAAAGGAUAUCGCAUUUUAAAAGAUAUUCAUCACUACUACAAUUUCAUUUUUCUUUUGCUAUCUCUCAACGAUACCUUUGGUUACAAGAAUGAAUGUAUAAUGGGGAAUAGAUGAUAGAUUUUUCUGUCUCGGUGAUUCAGUUAUCUUAUAAUUUAUUGGAGAAUUGAAUUUGUUACCUAUAUUAGUGUAUGCAUGCAAAAUAUGUCCUAAAAAUAUUGAAGCUACCAUGUAUGCUAUGCUUAUGGCUACGAUGAACUUUGGAACUUUUGCUGGAGGAUAAUUAGGCAAUUUUAUCUUAUAUGAAAUGGGAAUCAAUUAAUAAGAUUAUUCUAAGCUAUAUAUUUUUAUUGCUCUUUCAAGUAUCUUCUUUAUUUUACCUCUGCCAUGGAUUCAUUUAAUAAAUGACAAAGCCAUACCAAUUGAAAAAGAAUAAGAGCCUACUUAGAUUUAAGAUGUGGAGGAAUAAUAAAAGUUGAUUGCUGAAGAAGAAUGAAUUACAAUAAUAAAAUAAUAUCAAUUCAAUACAUAAUUUUCAUUA